AUGUCCUCUCCAGGCCGUCCGUGUUUGCGACGGGCCCUUCGAGAUGGGGCCCUUCGUCCUGGGACGCGGUGUGUGUGUGGCACUGAAUGCGGUGCCGGAGGUUCAUCGACUGCUCGGUGGGCAGCUGGUAGCCAGGAAGGCAUUGAAGCAUGUGUGGGACUGUGUGGCCCGCGCUCGGCGGGAGCACCACUGGGGUACUUUGCACAAAAUGUGCCCCUUCCUUUACGUGCGAGAAGCGAGCAGCCUGGUUCUGUGCGAUGCGCAAGAGUGCGGGCCGGAGUUUGCAGACGCCCGAUGGCAGCGUCACUUCGUUGCUGCCGUGACAGAGUUCCUGCAGACACAGGAGAAAGCUGGAACUCUUGA